AUGAUUGAUCGACUGCGCUCCAUCUCCAUUUCGACCGCCCUGCUUCUGGCUGGCACCGGGCUCCUCGUCAGUGCAACUGAUCCUCGUGGGCCAUCGUGGCGGGGCGAAUGCCUGGCGCAUCUUCCCGGCUCCAUACAAUGGGCAUCGCGAAACACAUCGCCGCUUGCCGUCGAUGAUACAGCCGGCCCUCGACCUGAGAGCUGGGCGCCAUGGACUCAUCGACCAUCAUGCGUCGAGGCUGCCAACGACCCGAAGGUGAAGUUCUGCGCCUACACGGACGCCGGCCACGGUCCACACGGCUUCAGUCUCAUCACAACACCCGAGAUAGCGGCUGCCAACAUCGACACGCUCCAAGAUCCAUCCUUCUCCUCCGUCGGCGCUCCCAACUUGGAGCAUUGGCAAAAGCUAGAGGACGACCCCGCUUAUGAAGUUGUGGAUCUGCCGGGCAAAGGGAAAGGCGUCGUGGCGACGCGGCUCAUCAAGAAGUACGAUGUCUUCAUGAGCGACUACGCCGUCAUGUUUGUCAACUUCCAGGUCACCGCUUCGGUGAGGCAGCAGGACGGCUACGAACAGCUUCACACGGCUGCCGAGAGGCUUCGAAACCCUCAUGCUUUGCUGUCGCUAGGUCGAAGCAACCCGGGUCACCAGUCUGACAUUGUCGAGGACGUUAUGAGGACGAAUUCUUUUAACCUCGACAUCUCCGGGGUGCCGCAUAUGGGCAUGUUCCCCAAGAUAUCGAGAGUUAAUCAUGCCUGCAAACCUAACUCUUUCAUGCGAUUUUCGAAAAGGAGUUUCGGAGCGACUGUUGUAGCAUUCCGCGACAUUCAUCCAGGGGAGGAGAUCACCAUAAGCUCGCGAAAAUUCGCAGACGCUCCAUUUGGACUGACGCACAGUCAGCGGCAGAGCACGUUGGCCGACUGGGGCUUCAAAUGCACCUGCGAAAUGUGCACUGCCGCGCCCGACGUCAUCGCGGAAUCGGACGCGCGUCGCAGCAAAGUCGAAGAUCUCCAGGCCGAAGUCCUCGACUCUCUGGGGCGAGGCAAGAUCCACAGCGCCAUCAAGCUCAUCAAGUCCAUCCUCGCGCUCCUCGAGACGGAAGGGCUGCAGCCGCUGAUGACAGAGCACUACGAUUCGCUGGCGAGGAUCUACUGGUACCUGAACGAGCGCGGCAAGUCGCGGGCGAAUGCGAGGUCGGCUGUCGAACUGUUGGCCGUGCAUGGGUUCAUCGACCACAAGGACGUGGAUCUCUACGUGGGCGCGGUUCUGGAGAAAUAUGCUUCAGGGGCAGAUUAG